AUGGGGCUCAUCAAACGUUUCCUGAAGCGGUCGUCUUCUUCUGUUGCCCAACAAGGAAGAGACCGUGAGACUGCCCCACUCGACCCUUCACGGCCCGUUACAGAUCCUAUCACGCCUAGUUUCCCAGACGGUGUUAAAGUCUUAUACGACUGUCCUGAUGCUAUUGUGGAUAUUGUCUUUGUGCAUGGGUUAUCAGGAAAUCGCAUGAGCACUUGGACCGCAGACGGAGGCGGAGGGGGAGCAGGGGGAGCGGGAGAGGGAAAUGGAGACGGGCGAGCAGAACCCUGGCCCAAGACGCUCCUUCCGGUCAAGAUCAACAGAGCCCGAAUACUCACGUACGGAUACGAUGCAUAUAUUGUGUUGAAAUCAGCAGUGGCAGGAGCGAACCGGCUGAUUGACCACGCGACGAACCUCGUCACAGAUUUGACUGCAGACAGGGCAGGUGCCUCGUCUCGCCCUCUCAUCUUCGUCGCCCACAGCCUAGGCGGUCUUGUUUGCAAGGAGGCUAUCCUGAUCUCGCGGGACAACCCGGAACGACGUCGCCAGGAUAUUUUCUUGAACCUCAAAGGCAUAAUCUUCAUGGGUACUCCUCAUAAAGGGGCCUGGGUGGCUGAUUGGGCCAAGGUGCCCGCUUCUGCCCUUGGCUUGUUCAAGUCAACCAACAAAUCACUUCUCCGGAUUCUGGAAACUGAUGACCAACUGCUUGAGUCUAUUCAACUCAAAUUCUUAGCGCUGGUGCGGCAACAGCGUGAGGCAGGCAGAAAGCUUGAGGUCCGGUGCUUUUUUGAGGAGCUACCUCUUCCUGUAGUUGGGAAAGUUGUUUCUAAAGAGUCAGCUACUUUCGAGGGUUACGACCCGAUCAGCAUCCACGCAAAUCAUAGAGAUAUGGUUAAAUUCUCCUCCGCCGAAGAGAACGGAUUCAAGAGGGUUGUUGGGGAGUUGUUAUUUUUGAUAUCGGAGAUCGGCGAGAGGAGCGAGCCACUUUCAGGACGGAGCGACCUAGCCACGGAAGCCAGGGGGAGCAACGUAUCAGCCAAGCAUACCAAACACUAUCUUCCAUUUCAAAAAAGCAGAAACUUUGUAGGACGCCAGGAGAUAAUCGACAACCUUCAGCAGCUCGUCUUCGUCAAUUCAGAUCACCAACGGGUCGCCCUUGUCGGACUAGGUGGGAUGGGUAAAACCCAGAUUGCUCUGCGAAUCGCACAUCUAAUGAAGAAUAAUGAACUUGAACAGAAAGAUUACUCAGUCCUUUGGAUCUCCGCCUUCAGCAUGGCCAGUUUUGAGCAAGCGUGUACUGCGGUCAUUAGAGAUUUUGCGAUUCCAAGUGCUGCAGACGAAGACCCUAAACAAACAGUCCGAGACUUUUUCAGCUCUGACAGGGCCGGAAAGUGGUUUCUAAUCGUUGAUAAUGCUGAUGAUAUGGCCAUCUUAUAUGGCCCGGAGGAUCAACCAGGCGGAAUUAUCAAUUUCCUUCCUGAUAGUGACAGCGGGCGUAUUUUGUUCACAACAAGAUCCCGUGAGGUUGCCACCAACGUCACGGUCAAGGUCCUUGAACUUCCUGAGAUGAGUUUGGCAGAGGCAAAAGAUCUUUUAAGGAAAUCUUUAAUUGACAACCCUCAAAUACAGGAUGGUGGCCUCGGCGACGAGCUUUUGCAGAAGCUCACUUGCUUGCCCCUUGCCAUCGCGCAAGCAUCGGCAUACAUGAACCAGAAAAAGGUAUCAAUCAAAGGCUAUCUCCAGCUUUUCCAGAACACAGAUCAGGAUAUGAUAGAGCUAUUGAGGUGCGGGUUUCGCGACAGCAGCCAUUACCAAAGAGAUCAGGGCGCGGUCGCCACUACAUGGAUCGUAUCUUUUAACCAGAUUCGCGACACAGAUGAGGAUGCUGCAAGACUGCUACAGUUUGUAGCUUGCAUUGAGCCGAAAUCCAUACCUCGAACGAUGCUGCCUAGUUUAGGGUCAGAACAAAGGAUGACAAGCGCAAUCGGCACCCUUUGUGGGUACGGUUUCCUAGGUCAACGAGAAGACAGCGCGAUAUACGAUAUGCAUAGUCUAGUGCAUCUGGCCACACAAUUAUGGACUGCAAGUCACGACCCUGAGAGAGAACAGUCACGGGUAGUAAUAACGCACCUCUUUGAGAUAUUUCCAGAUGGUGACUGGGAAGAUCGUGAGCUGUGGCGACAAUAUUUCCCGCAUGCUCUAAAAGUCCUUCACGCAGCACCAGAUGACCAGAAUAAAGAAAUUUCUUUAUUGGCAUACUGUGUUAGCAUGUGCCUGCGUCAAGAUGGGCGGAUGAAAGAAGCUGUCGAACUGUUAGAGCGUGUGGUUAUAGUUCAAGAGAAGAGAUCACAAGAAGAUGACCUUUAUCGACUAAGCUCACAGCAAUUACUCGCAGGAGCAUACAGAGCCUACGGAGAAGUAAGGAAAGCAAUCAAACUACUUGAGCAUGUGGUUGAGAUUGAAGAGAAGAUUCUCUCAAAGGAUGACCCAGAUCUAUUAGACUCACAGAAAGAUCUCGCAGGAGCAUACCAAGACAACGGAGAUUGGGAGAAAGCAAUCGAACUUUUAAAGCAUGUAGUUGCAAUUAGAGAGAAGGUAUUCUCAGAGGAUCACCACGAUCGAUUAUUCUCACAGCAUCUACUCGCAAACGCAUACCAUCUCUACGGAGAAAGAGACAAAGCAGUCAAACUGCUAAAGCAUGUGGUUGCAAUUAGAGAGAAGAUAUUACCAGAGGACAACCCGGAUCGAUUAGCCUCCCAGCUUCUCCUCGCAAAAGCAUACCAAGAUGGGGGACGGACACAGAAUGCAACCAAACUACUACAGCAUGUGGUUAGGGUUAGAGAAAAGGUUUUACCAGCCGACCACCCAGAUUUAUUCGACUCAUGGUAUGCAUUCGCAAGAGUCUUGGAAGAUAAAGGGAACAUAACUCAAGCAGUUGAAAUGCUAGAGUAUUUGGUUGAAACCCAAAAUGAGGCAUUAUCAGAGGGCCACCCAUCUCUAUUAAACUCACAGCAUGCACUCGCACGAGUAUACAGAGCUGACGGGCAAAAAAAGAAGGCAAUUGAUCUUCUGACUCAUGUGAUCAUGAUGAGGGAGAAAACAUGCUCGGAAAACCACUAUUUAUUGGUUCUUGUACUUGUUGUGAUCGAUGAGUGGAAGCAGUAUCCAAUCAAUAUCCAUGACGAGGACUGA